AUGAGUAGCUCUGGGUUCCAGGAGGACGUGGACGAGCUGCUGGCGGCGCUGACCCCCGAGGAGCUGCAGGAGCUGGAGAGGGAGCUGGACGACGCCGUGGCCCCCGGCCUGAGGCAGCGAGACCAGACCACCAGGACCCCCACGGGGGACUACGACCGGGCCGCCCUGCUCCGGUUCUGGGGGGACGAGAACCGGAAGCUGCUGGAGGACGAGAGGAUGGUGAGGGAGGGACAAGCAGGACGGCCCGAUGGCGGCCGAGGGGAACCGGGGUCGGACGCCGGGGGCGAGGCGCCGCACGCCGCCGCGAAGAGGAGUUCUCAAAGGGGGAAGAAAGUGAAGGAGAGCGAGAAGGAGAAGAAAGACGAGUGUAAGGAGGCGGCGGGGACGAGGAGCCAGGGGCCCCAGAAGAAGAGUCCGCCGGGCGAGUCCAGGAGAACCGGAACCACCGACGGGAACCCGGAAGCAACCGCCGCCGGGAACCCGACCGCCGUCGCCGAAACCCUGGAGCGGAUCCGGCUUGACGACCCCGCCGUCAGCGAAGUGAACCUCAACAACCUGCAGGACAUUACCCAGGAGACCUUGCUGCGCUUCGCCGACGCCCUGCGCGCCAACACCCACGUGCGCGUCUUCAGCCUCGCCAACACCCGCGACGACCGCGUGGCGCUCGCCGUGUCCGGGAUGCUCCGCGAGAACCGCUCCGUCCGGAGCCUGAACCUGGAGUCCAACUUCCUGUCCGGCCGCGGCGUCCUGGCGCUGCUGGCGGCGCUGCGGCACAACCGGGCGCUGGCCGAGCUGCGCUUCCACAACCAGAGGCACAUGUGCGGCGGGAGGGCGGAGAUGGAGAUGGUGCAGCUGCUGAGGGAGAACACCACCCUGCUCAAGCUCGGCUACCAGUUCCACCUCCCGGGCCCGAGGAUGGCGGCCACCGGCCUCCUGGCGCGCAACCAGGACCGGCAGCGGCAGCGGAGGCUCCGGCAGGAGGAGGAGCGGGAGGGAGGGCCCCCGGAGGCGGCGGGACGAGAGCCCGGUCCCCCAAAGGAGACGUCGCCACCUUCUCAGACUGUUGAAACCCAGAAGGGAAACUCUCCUCCGGCUCCUCCUCCUCCUGCGUCUUUAGCCCCGCCCACGAGGAAGAUCUCAGCGAUGGUCGAACGGCGCGAGGGCGUCGCCGCGGCCACGAAGACUCCGUCCGACCGAAGGGAGACCGAGUCGAAGAAGCUCAAGAACGGCGCCAACGAGAAGGACGGCCUGAAGCCGGCGAGCCGCGACGACCUGAUGUCGGCGAUCCGCGAGAGCAACGUCGGGUCCUUAAAAAGGGUGGAUCUGUCCCACACCUGAACUCACCUGAACUCUGCUCACGUUGUUUUUUAAAUACUUGAUUUCACACUAAAAUGUCACAUCUUGAACUCGUGUUCCAGCUGAAUGUUGCCGUCGUUCUUCCCGGAUGUUUCCACAUGUGAAUUAAAGCGUGUUUUUUAACUAC